AUGUCCGACUUAGGUAGAAAAGAUAUUUCCGACAAGGUUCAAUCCGCUGUCACCCCAGACUCCCAAAAGUCCACCUUGGGCUCCGCCAAGGACAAGGUUACCGACUCUGUCGACAACGCUAUUGGUGACAACACCUCCAGCAAGGACAAGUCCUUCGUCCAACAAGCCUCUGACGCUAUCUUCGGUGAGAAGAAGUAA